GACUUUUAUUGUUCCGAUUUUUGAAAUUUGACCCUUACUUUAACAUUGAAUCUGAUUUAAAUAUAAACAUAAAUAUGAGUUUGGAUAACCUGUUUCAACAAAUUAUCUUCACUGAACAGCUGUUAUCUGAGAAAACUACGAAGUUACAAGAAGUCAAAGUUUCAGUCGUCCGAUACGAAGAGAAAAUAAAGGCCUCCAAUGAAAAGCUGAACAAGAAUAACCAAGAGCUUUUUAACAAGACUCAGCAGUUGUAUGAGAUGAAGCUGCAAAACGAUCUAAUGAAGAAACAGGAGCAACAGACGGAGAGACAGUUGAAAGAACUGCUCUGUCAGCAGGGCCACCUCAAGGAACAUCUGGAUCGAAUCAGAACGGAGGCCAGUGAGGAGCAGGAGCAGUUUCUGGAAGAGAUCGGGAGAUUUAACAAUUGCUUCAGCCUGGUUGGGAACAGAGAGUCAGUUACUGAGAGCCAGGCACAAGCUGAGAUCCUCCAGCUUCAGGGGGAAGUGGACUCCAUACAUAAAGAGAUGGAGCUUGAGCACCAGAAGAACGGUCGCAUAAACUCCCUGCUGGAGGAGAACAAAGCCCUCCUGGUUGAACUGAAAGACCUGGAAAACAUUAACAAAGACUUCGAUCGGCAAAUUACGGAGGCCAAGGGAGUGACAGAAUCUCUUAGAGAAGAGAGUGUGACAGUCAGUCUGAAACCCCAAACAGACAGCACCUGUAUGAGGUUAAAGAAGGAGCAGGAGCUGCUGAAAGAAGGGGACUUGGAGCUUGUGCGCAAGGCCCUCAGUUUAGAGAUACGCUUUCUACAAUCUAAAUUAGACACCAGAAUGCAAAGCCAGCCACAUUAAGGGGAGCCACACAUACAGGAACUCUUUGUGUUUUAUAGAUUCUUGGACAGUUUGUUUUUAUGUUCCAUUUUAAUUCAAACUUUAUUGAAACUAUGCUUUAAAAAUUACUGCACUGAGUUAAAGAAAAGGUCCCGCCUUCUCAUAUUCAAAGUAAACAUUGAAUAUGAAAUAGUUAUACUGAUACUCCUAAUAGAAUAAUAACUCGCCAAGAAUAUUCAAUUGUUUAAUAAUCUCAUCUAGCUCUGGCAAAUACUUUGUUACUGUUCACGGCUGGUUACAGGUCAUUGACAGUGUUCUAACGCCACCUCCUGGUAUCUCUCUGAUGUUGCAAUCCACCUUUUUUACCUUUAACACUAAGCAGCAUAAGUGAUCACUGGGAGAAGUAAUUUACAUAAUUGAUUAUUAGAGUGCCUUCAGUUCCAAAGGGCAAUUCUUUGGUAGGCCUACUUCUGGUAAAAAUGACUGAAUGUUAAUAAAUGGAUCGAGAAGUCGAUAGCUAUUGAGGUUCUGCAAUCCCAUUUGAUGUGGCCGCGACCCAACUAUGGGAUUGGUUGUAAUAAACAACUAGCAUUAAGCUAAGUCACCCAUAUGCAAUCACAACAUAAUGCAAAUACUGUACAACCCCUUGGCCUUUUGCAUUAUUACAGAGGCAUCCAUUAAAUCUUCGAUUAUAUAUCUCAUACACACACAUGCACAAACUUAGUCUUUAGAACUUGUAGCCCGACUUUAGACAUGUUGACACAAACAUAUACAUCCAUCUUAAUGAAUGUUUUUUUUAUUAAAGAUUCAUUUUUGCAUUUAUACUUUAUUAUAGAGUGAGAUAGACCGGAAGGUAUGGGAGAGAGAGGGGAGGACAUGGAGCAAAGGACCACGGUCAGGAAUCAAACACAGGUCGCUGCGAUCACGACUAGGCCUUAAUUUUACUCGCUCAGAGUAAUGGUGAGCCACCCAUUCCAUCUUAAUUAUUAACUGAAAUCUUUCCGCAACAUCUAAAUCAGUCCCUGAUUUAUGUUAGUUACACUUGAGGGUACUAUUCGUGACAGCUCCAGUUAUCUGUUGUGCUCUCAGCUCGGUGAUAAACUCCUGGAUGACUUCUUCCGGACCCAAGUCUUUUGUUUUCAGGCAAUUUUUCUGGCCCUUAAAAUAUGAUGACGGUUUGGCAGAAAUCUGAGAAGUUGACACUGGAGACCAACAGGCAAAGAGAAGGGAGUGUUACAAGGGACAUGGGGGCAGUUGAAGUCCGGUCAGAAGGGUACAUUUUUUCACUUUUUACACUGUGCAAUAAGUAACCAAACAAUGGUUUUGGUUGGUGUCUGGAUCAAUGCAAUAACAAGUAAUGCAAGAUCGCAAAUCAAUAAUACGUUAAAAUGGAAAUGUUCUACAAUGGGAGGGUAUUUUAUGCAGAAGACACUCAAGGCAAAUACAUUUUAAACCUCAGCAAGAGAUUUCAGCAAUCAGCUUUGGCUCAGGGCUGAUGAUCAAUAGAUUUAAUUAAUUCUUACGAUGGCAAACGGCAAGUAUGUUUCCUCCGAUGAACUGGGUCGUCCAGCUCCCCGCGGAGCACACUUCAUACGGCCGUCCCCUCCGGAGGAAACUGAAAUCAUAACCCUGAGAGAAAUGAAUGUCACACCAGUCAUUCUAUAAAUCUUUUUCAGACACAGAUUUACAUGCAUUCUUCAUCACAUUAUGAAUAAAGAGCAUGCAUGAUUUAAGGGUUCCUUUGACAGGCCUAUUCACAUUGGAUGAGGUUCCAGUGAUUCACCUCAGUUUGGGCCCUGAUUUUGUUACCCUUACCCUUAACUAGAGCUUUACCAUGCUUAAAAGCAAAAAUAACCUCAUAUGCUCAUAUUAAAAAAGCUUUCUUUCAAAAUAUAUCAUUAUGUUUGUGAGGCUGGAGAAAGACCAGAUUUCAGUUUACGAAAAAUUAUCUAUGACUGCUUUGGCAUAUUAACAGUGAAAUUACUAUGUGGUUAAACUAACAUGGUUUCUGAUGAAUCAGUAACAGUGGGCAAAUUUUUUCUUGCCAGAGACAUUUGUAAGUUUCUUUAACCUCAUCCACCACCUAACCCUGAUUUUGCCACAACAAUAAAAACAUGCUGCUCAUCCAUUUUCAACCCAGACAUAAACCUCCAAUGAGUCCGGCUUUGCUUGGCUUGAUUGCCUUAAAGGUUGGGUAUGGAAUUCUCUUUUUUGGCCAUUUUUGCAAAAUUACUUGAAAUCCUUAUCAUAACCCACUUACAGCCACUGAGUUAGAAGUACUGACAUGAAAAUUAAACAAGUCAAUCAUCUGUGGAACGGGCAGGGCUCGAAA